CAUUUUUCCUUUGUAUUAAAGCAGCCGCAUUGGCGGCCAAAAAGAUAAAAGCAAUCACAUCUUGCAAUUAUUAUGGGAUUAAGUGAUCAACUUUCUUUGAUGUUGAAGAUCUUUGAUAUAUGAGACAUUCUCUAAAAUGUGAUGUUGAUGGAAGAGUUAUUGUUAUUACCACAAGGAAGGGAAGCAAAGAAAGUCUGGUUAAUCCCUUGGUUCUUAAAUAGAGAGUUCCAAACUAAAGCAUCAACCAUUAUGGAGUGAUUGUUCCUUAUUCAUCAGAGUCUAUAAUGAUAAUGACAAGUGGAAAAGUUCUUUAUUUUUCCUUGGGUCACCCACCAAAACAACAUCUUACUGGAUGCCUAUAGAUUGAUUUAAUACGUCACCGAAGUCUUAUUCAUAAGGUACAAACCAUGUAAAUUAUUGGUCAGCCGAUCAAUUAAUGGAUGACUGCAAGAAAUGGGUCAUUUCUAGAUUGUUUUUAGUGCUUUACCCUUAGAUGAAUUUGAAUCAGAAGAUGCUUAGUGAAAGCAUUUAUUUUAUGUUUCUUUUAUAGCUGAUGAGCAGAUCUAGAUUUCUUUCCAGUCUUCUGCUGAAACCCACAAUUUUAUUGGAAUGAAGCAUGUUCUGUACUUCUGUGUAACAUUCUACUUGUUGUGCCACCCUAGAUUUCUCUCCACCACCAUGCUCUGAUAAUAAUUAUUGGUAAUGAUUGCUUGUAGAAAUGAGUAGCAGCAGCAGUUGUCGAUAAGUGAUAAGCAACUUUUAUGUUCUUUUAUUGUAGGCUAGAAUGUUUUUCUAUCAUUCCAUUGUCUUUCUCUGUAGUUACAAUGUGGGUGACACUUAUCACUGGUAAUGAGUUGGCAUCUUUUGCAUCCAUAUUCCAUGGUAGUUAUGCAUUAAUCUGUUGAAACCUUUAACCAGACUAUUGGAGUGACAAAAUAUUAUUUAAACUUUUUUUUUUCUUGACAUCUAAUCAUAAGAAUAGUUCUGGUUGCACAUAGCAAUUUAUAUGAGCAAUCUUAGGCUUUGAUGAGUUUACACUGAAUGGUGUAUCAAAUUGAUGAGGUUAAACAUUUCAUUGGAAGUUGUCAUCAUAGGCUCCUCUUUUUCCUUCUUUCUUUUUUUUGGACAAGUGGAAAAGUUCUUUAUUUGUCCCUUGCUUACUCAACAAAACAACUAAUUAUAG